GAAACUGCGGGCUCGCAAGGUCGGGGAAGAGGAGGCAGAGGAGGUCUCGACCACAAGCAGCGCACCAACGUCCGCCACAGCUGGCAAUUGCUCAACUAUGUGUUCUACACCAACGGUCUCGCCAGCGUGCCUGAUGGAGAUUACGUGGACAACAUUCACGAAAAGUGGUACUACAACUAUCGUCUUCUCGAGAGUCAUCACGGCUACAUUCAGUGGCUCUUCCCCCGAUUUGAGAGUGGUGGUACCAACGGCAGCUCCGAGGCGCUGACCUAUGAUGAGGCCGCGCUUAUUCGCCAGGACACGGGCUGUGCCUUCCGCGUUCUUCUCUCCUACAAGUUGAUGCUGAACUUCUACGGCCUGAAACUGGUCAACGUGGAGACCGGCGAAGUGGCGCGCACUGAGGAGUGGCAGGAGCGCUACAAGAACAUGAACAUCCUGACACACAACAACCUCAGGAUCAGUCGAAUCUUGGCCAGCCUGGGCCAGCUGGGCUUCGGUCGGUACAAGAAGCCGCUGUUCCUCCACUUCCGCAAAGAGAUCAUGGAGAACAAGCAGAUCCCGCACAGCAAGGCUCCGAUGUCGCGGUUCUGGGAGCCGCUGGUGAUGAACGAAGACGACCCCGUGUACAAAGCCAAAACCAAGGAGCGAGGGCCUCAGGACCGCCAAGAAUCCAUCUUCUUCACUCACCUGGCCAAUGAUUCCGAUGCGUACAGGGAAUUUGUGGAGAGGGAACGCGUGUUGCAUGACGCGCGGGAGCUGUGGAAGAAGCAGAGAGCCGAGAAGGAGCGCCAGAAGAAAGAAAUCAAAGACGCACGUAUCGUCGGCAAGAGGCAACACCGGCCGAACCCCGCAGCAAGCAAGCCCGCCACCAAGACUCCUGUAAAGGCAAGCAAGAAGAACACCAAGACAAAGAAGAAAUGA